GAAAGUGCGCGCAAAUUUAAACACUGCGCGAGAAAUCGGAAAGAACUGAAAGAACGUGCAACUUGGUGGAUCCGAGGCUAAGCUUUAAGCGUUUUGAUCAAUUUCGAGCGCAUUGUGAAACGUGGUUUGUUGAAAUGAAAAUUAAAAUGAGCAGCUAGAAAAUUGUGCAAAUAACCAACUGCAAUCAUUGAUAUGUUGUUACAUUACAACUUUUCGAAUGUCAAUAUCAAGUGUGUCGAAAAUUUAGCGUAUUCAUCAUGGUAUUAUAGUUCAACAUCAGUUAUCACAGUUUAACAAGUGGCAAGUAGUGUGCAGACAAGUGAGAGAAUCAGCAAACAAAAUCAAGUGCCGUGUUAACGUUGACAAACGAAACGUGAAAAGCCGGACUGUUCAAAGUGUGCUUAUCUCUUAUCUUUACGUUAGUCAUUGGGUGAUACUCGUGAUCUUGUCUACAACGAAUUGAGCUAUAGAUAACUCUGCGAUAAGUUCUUGGUUGCGGUGCGUGUGCAUGCAUGUCGAGUUCACUGUCACACAAGUCCUACAGGCAUAGCGACACCGGUGGAUCAAGGAAUUCCCCGGUAUUAUACCCAAACAGGUCGUUCUUGUCGUUAUACAAUGUGAACCAAAUGAUAGAAACCACAAAUCCCAGAGGGUAUAGGUACGUGCGAGAAUCAACCAACCAGCUCAUUUUGACAUCUGUCUCAGUGGCAGCAGAAGCAGUAGCAAUAGUGCCAUCAUUUACAAGAAAUUUACUAGGUAGUGCCUGUAAUUAUUCAAUGACCAUACACAAACACGAGAUGACGACCCGCAACGACCGGCGCCAGUACCUUCAAAUGCAUCAGCGGCAAAAAGGUUGGAGUCUGCUGUUAACUGUUGUCAGUUUGACCUCGUUGGCCGUGGCAGUUGGCGGUCAAAUCGUCAAUUCAGAUUGUGAUCCAACCAAGUGUUCACCGGCAGUUGAUAUACCGGCUAGCUUGCUACAGGCAGGUGAACGAACUAGGAAGGAGCUAGUCAAUUGCUGUGAGGUAACACGAAUAUACUGCGACUCUAGGAUGUGUCCUGCUGCCGUUCAGUAUUGCGAUGAGAGCAGAACAAUACAACCUAGGAUAGUCAAAGGAAGAUGUUGCACACUUUACGAAUGUGGAAAUUCGUUACAAGAUGAGCAUUGUGAAAUAAUAAUCAAUGGAACGGUGACGAGAAAACGAAUCGGCGAGAAAUGGUUUAGCAUGAUAAACAGUACUACAUGUAUGAACUUCGAAUGCUUGAAAAGUAGUGCAUCAGAAACGUUCGUGAAUUCGAUUGGAAUAACGUGCAGCACUAGCUGUCCAGAGGGUUUUUCUCUUCAAUACUCGGAGCAGCAUUGUUGUCCGCAAUGCGUCCAAGCGAUGUGUCGAUUCGACGACCGAUUUCACCCAGAAGGAGAAAUGUGGGACAGCUUGGAUGGGUGUUUACGUUACCAGUGCACCAGAGAGGAUGGUAUUCUUUCAAUAUCUUCGGAACGGUGGCUUUGUCCCAGAUUGUUUGACUGUCCCCCUGAAAAUGUGAUUGAAGAUAAUUGCUGUAGUGUCUGCAACAUUACAAAACCUGAGCCGGUGACACCUGUUCCUCGUGAGGAAAUGGAAUUUCUCGACGAAUUGGAUUAUGCGAAUCAUAUGUGUAAAAGGGAAUGCCUGAAGGGCCGAAAAUCGUUAACUUGCUACUACAAAUUCAGCAUGGAAUGGUACCAGACGAUGAGUAAAGCAUGUUACGAGUGCCCGUACAAUUCUACUGACUGUAGUCGGCCGCACUGUAUUCCUGGAGACGGCGUAAAGAGAAACGUUAUGGUUAUUAAUCGAAUGAUGCCGGGACCUUCGAUUGAAGUGUGUGAGAAUGACAUUAUUGUUGUCGAUGUCGAGAAUCAUCUGAUGGGAGAAAGUACAACCCUUCACUGGCACGGGUUGCAUCAGAAAAGAACGCCCUAUAUGGAUGGAGUACCGCAUAUUUCCCAAUGUCCAAUAAGUCCGGAAACUACGUUCAGGUACACUUUCAAGGCAGAUAAUCCUGGGACUCACUUCUGGCAUUCACAUACGGGGAUGCAGAGAGGCGAUGGUGCCUUCGGUCCGCUAAUAAUCCGGCGGGACAAUGACCCUCAGCAAAUAUUGUACGACUAUGAUCUAUCGGAGCACGUGAUAACUGUUCAAGACUGGGGUCAUAUUGGAGGCGUGCAAAUGUUUACCGCUCAUCAUCACUCAAACGGUGAUAAUAAACCACCUAAUAUUCUAAUAAAUGGCCGUGGAAAGUACUUCCAACGUUUCCCGAAAACUGCCAGUAUUACUACUACUACCGUUAAACAACCAACUAUUCCAACAACAACUCUGCCAACUGUGCCUAUCAUAUUAGAUCAACAAACAACAAAAACCCCGACCGAAACUAACACUCUAGAUGAUGCUGAACUAAUCCACAACUCAAAGGAUACUAGUUUAAAAAUGGAACUCGGUUCAGCUGAACUGAAUAACGGUCAGGGAAAAAAUAUCAACUCAACACUAUUGUUAACUCGAAAGAAGCGACAGUCCCGAACAGUAAACUUCAAUGCCGUAAUCGCUCCGGAAUCUGAACAUAUUCCACUGAAGGUAUUCUAUGUGGAACAGAAGAAACGUUACCGAUUUCGACUUAUCAAUGCUGAAUUCCUGAACUGCCCCGUGGAAUUGUCAAUAGAAAGCCACAACAUGACGGUAAUUUCGUCGGACAGUUUCGACGUUAUGCCAAUAGACGACCUAGCCUCCUUCGUUAGUUACGCCGGUGAACGAUUUGAUUUUAUACUGAAAGCGAAUCAACCGAUCGGAAAUUACCUCAUGAGAUUCCGAGGUCUAAUGGACUGUGAUGAACGGUUUACAUCGGCUUAUCAGGUAGCGGUAUUGCGGUACAAAGGGGCUCCAGAUGUUGAGUUCAAAGAGUUGCCCAAUUAUGACUUUCCACUUUCGGGUUUACAGCUGAAUUCACUCAAUAAGGGAACGGGAAAUGUGGAUACGUUGUCGAUAGCUGAGACUACGUCGAGAGAUCAGGAGGACUUGCUACUGCUCAGGGAGAAGACUGACUACAAAUUUUAUGUUUAUUAUGAUUUUUAUGCUAAAGACAAUCCACACUUUCACGUACCUGAUUUAUACGGAUUCAAAGAUGUAAUCAACAACACAAACCGCUUGUUCACACCCCAACUGAAUCACAUCUCGAUGCGAAUGCCUACAGUUCCGAUGAUGCCGGACAAGGACCGGUUGGACGAAAGCCUCUUCUGCAAUGCCACCUCACUAAUGGAACAAGGUCGAAAUUGUCGGGAGGAGUUCUGCCAGUGCAGUCAUGUCCUUCAGGUGCCGUUGAAUGCAACCGUUGAGAUGGUUCUGAUAGACGAGGGUUUUACGUUCGAUGCCAAUCAUCCGUUCCAUUUGCAUGGUCACGCGUUCCGAGUUGUCGGUAUGGAACGACUUGCGGGGAACAUAACCGCGGAAGAAGUCAAGCGGCUUGAUGACGAAGGAAAGAUUAGGCGUCGGUUAAAGGGAGCUCCGAUUAAGGACACGGUUACCAUUCCGGACGGGGGGUAUACCAUAAUUCGAUUCAUUGCGAGCAAUCCUGGAUACUGGCUAUUCCAUUGUCACAUCGAGUUUCAUGCUGAGAUAGGAAUGGCCUUGGUGCUCAAGGUGGGUGAUAAAUCGGAAAUGGUGUCUGCGCCAGACGAUUUUCCCACAUGUUUCGAUUUUAAGCCGGACUACGGCAAAUUGCAGAACUCUAGUAGUCGGAUGCUGUCCACUCAACAUAGUACCUUACAACAGCUCUCGUCAAUAAUAGUCUUAAUGAUGGUAAUGAGGAGGGUAUUUGUGUAAUUGUGAUAUUUAUUUAUAAGUCUAAUUGUUGUCGUUAUUAA